CAGAGGGACAAGAGGCGGAGGCAGCUCUCCAGAGGAAGGCUCCUCCUGGCUUGUUCUUCUGGAAAUGGACCGGCAUUCGGGCAGCUUAACCAUGUUCACCAAGGAAGAUUUUGAAGACGAUUGGCUCAAGGUGGCCAGUGGGGUUUUUGGCGAGGUCUUCCGAGUGAGGCACAAGCGAUGGAGAACCACCUUUGCAGUGAAGUGCUCCUCUCGCCUUCCCCAGGAUUCCAGACCUGACAGAACCAGCACAAAGCAUCUCGUUGAAGAGGCAGCCAAGAUAGAGAAAAUCAAGUUCCAGCACAUUGUGUCCAUCUAUGGCAUCUGUUACAGCCCUUUGGGGAUUGUGAUGGAAUAUAUGGCCAAUGGGUCCCUGGAGAAGAUUCUCCCCACCCACCAAAUGUCUUGGCAACUCAAGUUCCGGAUCAUCCAUGAGACGAGCUUGGCUGUGAACUUCUUGCACAGUCUGAAGCCUCCUUUGCUUCACCUGGACCUAAAGCCAGGAAACAUCCUACUGGAUGCCAACAUGCAUGUGAAGAUUUCAGAUUUUGGACUCCGCAAGUGGAUGGAGGAAUCAAGCCUAAUGGAAUACAUUGAGAGGUCAGCCCAGAGGGGUAGUUUGAGCUAUAUCCCUCCUGAGAUACUUCUGCAGAGCUCCAGUCCACCAGGAACUAAAUUUGAUGUCUACAGCUUUGGGAUUGUCAUCUGGGAGAUUCUUACCCAGAAGAAGCCAUAUUCAGAGGUCAAGACAAUGGCUGUCAUCGUCACCGUGGCAACAGGCCAGCGCCCCUCCAUGGAGCCCAUCCGUGAUGACUGGCCAGCAGAAUGCCAGCAGAUGGUUGACUUGAUGAAGAGAUGUUGGGACCAAGAGCCCCAGAGGAGGCCAAGCUUCACAGAUGUUGUGGUGGAGACAGACAUGCUAUUGUCCCUAACCCAAUGCCCCGUGGUGGACCUGGAGAAUGAGCGCUUCUCCAGGAAGAUGUCGGUGAAGCCUCCUUUCUCUAGAAGAGAACAGGUAAGGGGAAAGCUGUCCUGCUACCUUGGUCAUUUUAGGCAGAGCAUUUGCCCUAAAAAAGCACAUGGCUCGUGUUAUUACACUGCUAACUGUCUCCAUGCUCUUUUCCAUGUCUUCAAUACAAAGAGAAAGGGUACAAAUGGAUCCAGUCCCUUUCAGGAAGCACACAACAGUGCUGAGAAUGAGAAGGAUCAAUCCCACUGUUUCCCUCAGAAUGAGGUUGAAAGCUUGGAAUCGCUGAUAAUGUCAGAAGAAGUUAGCAAGAGCCAUGAAGACACCCUUCACCUCAUGGUUGCUUCAGGAAACCUGGAGAAGGUGAAAUUCCUGUUGAGGCAGGGAGCUGAUGUCAACAAGAAGAUAGCCUGUGGCUACACACCCCUCAUCCUGGCUGUCCAAAAGAGGUCUCUGGAGACCAUCUUGCUCCUUAUCCAACAUGGUGCAGAUGUCAACAUGGCUGAUGAGGACAACUGGUCACCUCUCCAUUUUGUGGCUCAGAACGGAGACGACAGGAUUGCACGUCUCCUACUCGAUCACAAGGCCAACGUCGAUACCCGAGAACUUGAUGGGUGGACGCCCCUUCACUUGGCCUCUCAGAACAACUUUGAGAACGUGGUGCGGGUUCUCCUCUCACGCCAGGCUGAUCCCAAUGCUCAGGAGAAUGAGGGACGGACUGCCUUGCACCUGGCAGCUUGUUAUGGGCACAUCAAGCUCGUUAAAAUGCUGGCCAGCCAAGGCGCAGACCUGGAAAGGAAGCAGAGAAACCUCCGGACCCCUCUUCACCUCGCUGUGGAGAAAGGCAAAUUUAGGGUGGUCCAGUACCUUCUGAAGAACGGCGUUGAAGUCAACAGCCUGGAUCAGAAUCACUACAGCGCUCUGCAUAUGGCUGUAGCAAAAGGGAAAUACCUUAUCUGUGAGAAGCUGAUAAAAUAUGGAGCCAUUGUGGACCUGAGGACAAACAAAGGAUGGACGCCUUUGCACCUGGCUUCCAUUGAAGGCUAUGUGGACAUCAUCCACCUCCUGGUGGACAACCAUGGCAAAGUGAAUGCCAGAGGAAGCCUGGACUGGACUCCCCUCCACUUGGCAGCACGUUACAGUGAGGCAGCUGCAAUUUCCGAGUUGCUAAGAAGCGGAGCGGACCCCAAUGCAGCUGAGAAUUUGGGCUGGACUCCACUCCACCUGUCAGUACAGCGGGGGGCUUUUCUCAGCAUCCUCAACCUCCUUGAGCACAAGGCAGAUGUCAACAUCAGGAACAAGGUGGGUUGGACGCCCACACACCUUGCGGUGCUCAAAGACAACGUGGCCAUCGUAAAGACUUUGCUGGAUGCUGGGGCACUGCUGGAGCUGGAGGACAAUGCUGGGUGCACGCCGCUCCAACUUGCCAUCAGGAAUGAAAAGCAAAGCAUUGUGGAUUUGUUGCAAGGCAUGGAGUCCUCAAAAACCAGCCCAAGGAGCCAGGAGGGAUGAAGGAAAGUCUUGAAGAAAACAUCCAAACAAAUCCGAGGUGGAACUGGAUUAACCUCAGAGUUUGGGAGAGGGUCAGUACCAGCAUGAGGAAUUCAAGUGGGCAAUAAUUUCUCUGCUUCUGUGGGUGUUCCCUCAUAGGACACACUUCAGUUUGUGCCAUUGUCCUAUUAGGCAAUUUCAGGAAAGUUGGUUUGAGAUGUAGCAAAAAAAUGAGUCCAUUUCAUGGGGAAGAUAUAAGUGGUAUCUAACUCCUCUUCAAUGUUCACAUCUGCCAGGCAGCUCAAAGUGCUGAAGAAGAUGGAUCAUAUUCAACCAAUUUCUAUUAAGGGUAGACUUGCUGAAAUUAAUGAACCUAAAUUAAACAGACCUAUAACUUUCAGUGGGUCUGCUCAGAGUAAGGCUAGAAUUGGUAGAAGCUAAUAUAAAGAGUUGGAAAUGAAAGGUUCACCUAGACUUCCACUUGCCCACUGCUUUCUCCCAGGAAAACCUGAUCUCUACAGCUGAAAGGAGCAAACAUCAGCUGGGGUUUCUGUGGAUAGGUGUUUGUUCCGAUUCAGCAGUAAAGAGCGAGUUUUCCUGGAGAAAGCAGUGGGACAAAUGAAAAACUGCUCGGAUCCCUGUUUUCUAGGCACAGGGCAAGCAUAAGUGUGGAUGAGCCCUAACAGUGAAAUCUUAGAAAUGGAGUCACCCAACUGUAAUUCUGUUUACGAUCUCGAACAGAGUCUCCUGCCAGAUGUGUGGGUUCUGCAGAUGAUAAAAAUAAUGUACUACUUUCGAGAAUGCUUUCUUCACAUGCAUUAUUUCAGUGAUCCGCAUAACGACAAUAAGUCAUUGUUAUCCCCAUCUUGCAGAGGAACAGACGUCUCUGCUUUACCCGAAGUCAGUUCAUUGCUCCCACUAGCCCAGCACUGUACAGACUGAAGAUCAAUGGCUCUCCAAAGUGGGAUUUAAUUGGCUCCGGUAUGCAGCCAGGAAGAUUAUGUGCGACGGAAAUUUAAUUGUAGGUGGGUUUUUUGGUGAAGUUAGGCAAUAUGAA